AUGCAAUUGAUGUUUAAAGUGUUGGCAGAAAAUCUCUUUGUAUGGUUUCAAAAGCAAUAUCCUAACAGAACUCCAAUAUGGGCAAUUCCCAUUAAUGCGAAUAUUAGCGCAGAGAGGAUUCUGUUUAAGAAUGUCUCCACAAACGCCAAUGUGCGCGCAGAUGCCCUCAUCAUGCAAGGUGCUACAGAUCAUCCAUAA